AUGGCUUCUGAACUGUUCGGCACACUUUGCAUAAGAGGGGCCAGCGAUGAACUAGCACAGUCCUUCGUGGAUAGCCUGAAGCUCUCUUUGAACGAGAAAGCGGGCCCGGAUGGUGUUGCACUUGAGUGGGGUGUGCCCGAGAGGUCUGAACCGGAAUGGCAUUCUUCCACUAUCACCAUCAACACUGCGAACCUGACCAGGGCACAGAAGCGCAAUAUCCUUGACAUCUUCAGAAUGGUGUUGAACAGUCAGCGUAUCGUACCCCAAAAUUAUGCUUAUUUAUGGGCGGAUCCCGGGUUUGUGAGGACCCUUGGUGACCCCUUCGUCACGGUCACUAUGACUAAUACCUAUGUUGCCAUCUUUCAAAUGGAGUUUCGGAAACUACAAGGAGCAAUCGCUGACCUUACCCCGGCUCCCCCACUGGAAUUUGUACCACUUGAAGGUGGUAAUGGGGACUUUCAAUCAGAAAUUACUGGCGAUGUCAUUAUCGACACUUUGAAUCUGAGCAAGUCAGACAAGCGCAAGAUCUUGGAAACCUUCGCUACGGUGUUCAACGACAACUUCUUACAAGGCGUGUCAGUUACCUUCGCCGCGGACCCCGGGUUCCUAAAGACCAUUGCGCAAACAGUGUUGGCCGUCGACUUCGAUCACAGUCUGACUCCCUCGCAAAUGGAUGAUCUGGUAGUGCUGGUGCCUGAUGUUGCCUUGGCGCUCUCUUGGGGGGAAGUCACUGCGACCGCGGAUGGCUGUAAAUAA